UUAAUAAGUGGUUUUUCUUGGUGGAAAAUCCCACUAAAAAAUUUUCCCCUACCACCCUCCUUAUAAACCCCUCCCAUGCACCCUUCUCUUGCAACAUACCUUUACAUGCACUUAAUAAACUAUUCUCUUUCUUUUUUUUUUCUUUUGUAUUUCAUAAUAAUGGCAACUAAACAAAUACCUUUCCCUCCAACCAAGUUGGAAAUAAUAAGACCAACCAUUGAUGAAGAGAGCCAAAAGCAAGGUGAUGAAAAUAAAAACAACGACAUGGACUACUCGAAACGGUCUCAAUGGCUUAGAGCGGCGGUCUUAGGAGCCAACGACGGGCUUGUUUCAACAGCAUCACUCAUGCUUGGAGUUGGUGCGGUGAAGCAAGAUGUCAAGGCAAUGAUCCUAACCGGCUUUGCUGGUCUAGUAGCCGGGGCAUGUAGCAUGGCUAUUGGAGAGUUCGUGUCCGUCUACUCCCAACUUGAUAUUGAGGUUGCUCAGAUGAAAAGAGAGAAAGUUAAGGAAGGAGAAAAGGAAGAGGAGGAAGAGCGAUUGCCAAACCCGUUACAAGCAGCAUUUGCUUCUGCCCUAGCCUUCUCUUUAGGGGCCUUGGUACCACUAUUGGCAGCAUCAUUUAUUAAGGAUUAUAAGGUGAGGCUUGUGGUGGUGGUUGUGGCCGUGACCGCGGCUUUGGCAAUGUUUGGGUGGUUAGGGGCGUUUCUAGGAAGAGCACCCCUUGUAAGGGCUUCUAUAAGGGUUUUGUUGGGUGGUUGGCUUGCUAUGGCUAUUACCUUUGGACUAACCAAGUUGAUUGGGUCAUUUGGUUUAUGAUUUAAAAUAUUUUUAGAGGUAAAUAAUGGUUAAGUAUGACCUUGUAAACCACAAGAAAAAAGAUUUGUAGUAUAUACUAGAGUGUUACAUGUUUAUAUUGUGUUGUCUUUGUCUAAGUAUAACCGUGAGAUUUAUUAUAUGUAGUUGAGAGAAAUUAUAAUCAAAUGAUAUAAGCAUAUAUUUACCUUUCUAUUUA